AAAAAGAAAAGCGAAAUGAAUUGCUCGCGUACAUGUGUGUGACGAAAACUUUUCUGCUUAACAAAAUCGCUUAAAGUUUUUAAGGUCUUUGAGAAUAAAUUCAUGAUUUAUUCCCUUUCGCAACUCUACGAUCCUGCAAAUCUUGAAACAUUAUUUAAUAAAGAUAAGAAAAGAAGAACUAUGAACUAUGACAAGUCCAGUAAAAAUUUACCAAAUGGAGAAGCAAAGAGCGAUGCAGCAACAAGCUUUUGGAAUGAUCACAUUAUGGAGCGUUUUGUUAAAGCGAAUCUGUUCAUUAUAUGUUGUGUCGCUGCCGGUUUACUUUUGAUUGUUUAUUUGGGUGCAUUUUCUUGUGAAGUCUCUUGGAUACUUGAAGCAAGAGGAGAUUUACCGUAUUCAGCUUAUAUAUUAUGCACUCAAUAUUUUGUAGUGUUCGUAGCCACUACGAUACUGAUACAUGGCCUAGUAACGGGAUUGCCGUUCGGUUUGUUUGCUUGGUCAGUUGUUAUAGGCGUACUUUCUAUUCCGGAAUUGAUCUUUGUAAUGAUCAUGACAACGCAACAUUGGGGCCUCCAGUCCAUACACGGCUUAACGGAACUCGUCGCUUAUCUCUUACGUUUGCUGAUAAAUUGCUUUUCAUUAAUUUGUGUAAUACCCACUGGUCUAAAAUGGCGUCGCGAAGCUCAGGUUUUAAUGCAACUGCAGGAUUUAGCGGCACGUCUACAACUGCAAACACCUCCACCCAGCAUACCAAUAGUUCAAGAUGAUUCGCGGCGUACCAGCAAACGUUUAGAAAGUCAGCAACAGUACGCAUUUGAAAAUGUCGGCUUCCAAGUUAACGAGACCGCCAACAAUAACGAUGUGCUACGUCCGCAAUCUCAGAAUCUUAGUUUAUAUGGGUCGCAAAAUGAAUUUAAUGCCAGUAUGUUUACAAUGCCGUUCAUUCCCCUACCUCCACCCAGUAACGAUUCCAAUGGGAUAAAUGGUAACAAGGCUCAAUCUUUAAUGGACUUAAGGUGUACACUUCCGGGGCUUUAUAAUCCGCGUUACGUUCUCGAAAAUAGUGAUGAGAAAAAUGGAAAAUAUUUUAAUAUAACUAUUGACGAUCUAAAAAAUAAUCUGCAAGAUACCCACAGACCACCAUCGUUGCCGAACGAUCCGAUUUAUUGUUCUAUUGAUGCGCCGCAAUCAUCGUCACCCAUGCAAACGAAUCACUUAAAGGAGAGGCAAAGAGAGCCAUUAGCUUUGCCAAGUCAUCAACAAGUUCAGCACAGACAGAUUCCAAAAUUGUCGCGUAAUUGCAUUUCAUUAGAAAAUCUGGAGGGCAUUACUAAAGUACAAAAUGAAUUGCAAAACUACAAUCAACAACAACAAUACUAUUUGGCCAUGUUAGGCUAUUUGCAACAUCAACAAUUGCAACAAGAACAACAAAAAAUGUAUUCAAAUAAUAUGGGCAAAAUCUACCGUAGACCAGGAAGUCAAGAUAACAGUGUAGAUGGUGGGGCGACGAAUGGAAAUCCAAUGCCAGGGCAACAACAGCAACAACAAAUCUACAGGCGUAAUUCACAGCAAUUGCAGUAUUACGGUGGCUUCGGAUAUGUAAACUAUACGAAUCCGUAUGUCACGGCGAAUAGCAAGCUAUCCUUGGGCAAUGAGUCGGACGAUUAUCGGAAAUAUCGUGAUGUUGCUUUGUAAGAAGUGUGUGUAGACUCAAUGUGUGUUAUAAGCAAGUAAGCAAGCAAGGUACACAAAUGAAAAGGAAAUGUAAUUUUCUCUCAACAAGUUCGUGUUGUAUAUAUAUAAGUUAUAAAUAUGUAAUAAUUUAUCUACUAAAGACGAGAUCGCUUUUCAACGACUGCCAAAGAAAAACAAUACUAACUCAAGAACGUCCAGCAAGCCUAAACAAUAAAUUAUAUUUUAUUUUAGUCACACAGCGAAAGAAAGAAAGAGAGAGAGAGAGAGAGAGA